AUGAAGAAUUUGCUGCUAUUCGUUUUUGCACUCUAUUUGUGUCAGCAAGCAACAGCCUUCUGUUGCUUCCGUGACCCCUGGAUGUUGCCAACCACCCCUUCCACCAACAUGUGCGGUUGUUCCAACGUUUGCACCAACGUUGGCACCAGCUGCGACUGCGCAAAUCCCUGCAGAUGCUUCAAGGAUCCCGACAAUGUUUGCAAUGUAUGCCAAUGCACGUUACCCUGCGAAUGUACUGCCAACUGUGGCUGUGGGAACCAGUACCCUAUUUAUUUCCCUGAGGUCCAGUACCCGGUCAGUAUUAUGGAAAUUGAACCUUUCUAUUUUAAUACUUGUAACUGUGGUUGUGGUUGUUGAAAUAAAUGUGUGGAAUAUUAA